AUGGCCUCCCAAGGGCUCCAGAUGCUGGGAAUCCUGCUGGCAAUGAUCGGCUGGCUGGGAACAAUUAUCACCUGCGCCCUGCCUAUGUGGAGGGUGACAGCCUUUGUGGGGGCAAACAUUGUUACAGCUCAGGUUAUCUGGGAGGGUCUAUGGAUGAACUGUGUGGUUCAGAGCACAGGGCAGAUGCAAUGUAAGGUCUAUGAUUCCAUGUUGGCUCUUCCCCAGGAUCUCCAGGCUGCUCGAGCGAUGGUCAUCAUCUCCGUCAUCGUAGGCAUUUUUGGUGUAUUAAUGGCUGUAGCUGGAGGGAAGUGUACCAAUUGCAUGGAGGAUGGAGGAGCCAAAGCCAAAGCCUGCAUCAUUUCUGGAGUCAUUUUCAUCAUUGCCGCAGUCCUUAUCCUUGUCCCCGUCUCCUGGUCUGCUCAUACCCUCAUCCGUGAUUUCUACAACCCCAUGGUGACGGCGGCUCAACGCCGGGAGCUGGGAGCCUCCCUCUACAUUGGCUGGGGAUCUGCAGGACUCUUGCUGUUGGGAGGAGGGCUGCUGUGCUGGAACUGUCCACCCAAAGAGCAACGUCCUUAUUCGGCAGCCAAAUUCGUCCCAGCCAGAUCAGUGUCACAAGCAAUGGAUUAUGUGUGA